CGCACAUCGCCAUACUGCGAGUUGGUUUCAGCGCCGGAGAUAGAAUGACGAAGAUCGACCAGAAAGCUGCGCUCGCCGAAGUGGAAGAUAAUGAGAUAGCACAGCAUUUCGAGUACUCGGUGAAAGUGAUGCGCCGGCUGCUCCAAAUGAUAGGAAUGUGGCCGUUCACGUCCGCGACAUAUCCGAAAGUUUUGCGCUUACUCUUGAUCGGCGUCGUCUGUUUUCUGCUGAUGGCCUUCACCAUACCGUUCUGCCUGCACAUGUUCAUCAUCGUCAAAGACUUUCAGAUCCGACUGCGGUUGAUCGGUCCGCUGAGCUUUGGCCUGAUGAACAUCUUCAAGUACGUGACCGUGCUGCUGCGAGAAGGCCAGUUGCGCGAGUGCGUGGAGUGGAUGGCGACCGACUGGCGCUCGGUGCGCAGCCGCGUGGAGAUCGACCUGAUGCUGCAGAAUGCCGGGUCCGCGAAGACCUUCACGCUGAUCUGCUUCACGUGCAUGUACGUCAGCGGCAUGUCCUACAGCGCGCUCUUCAGCUUCAUGGUGUCGCCCGUGAUCAUCGACAACAAGACCACCCGGGUAUUCGCCUACCCGAGCUACUUCGUGUUCUUCGAUUCGCACGAGCACUUCGGCAAAGUGUACACGCUGCAUGCGGUGUGUGGCUUCGCCAAGUUCACCAUCACCUGCGCCGUGGCCAGCGUCGCCAUCGUCUGCGUGAAGCACGUCUGCGGCCAGAUCGCCGUCACGUCCUGGAUGCUGCGCAACUUCAGCGCCGGUUCGUUCGACGUCGCGGCCUUCGGGCGCAUCAUCGACAAACACCUGCGCGCCAUCACGUUCGCUAGAAAAUUGGAGGGCUACUUGAGCAGCAUGUGCUUGGUCGAGUUGACGGGCUGCUGCUUCAAUAUCUGCAUGCUCGGCUACUACUUCAUCACGGAGCACAGUCAAAGUUUAGUCGGGCCAUACACGUACUGCAUGCUACUCAUGUCGUUCACCUUCAACAUCUUCGUUUUCUGCUACAUCGGAGAACAGUUGACCGGAAAGUGCAGCGUCAUUGGCAAUGUGGCUUACAACGUCGAUUGGUACGAUUUCGCGGCCAAAGACGCGAGGAAUCUGCUGAUGAUGGUGGCGUCGACACAGCGCCCAGUCGUGCUGACCGCCGGCAAAAUGGCAACUCUAUCCAUGACUUGUUUCUCCAGUGUGAUCAAAGCGUCCUUUUCCUAUCUGAACAUGCUCAGAACAGUGACGAAUUCGUGAUCGAAACAGCUGCGCCCUACGUAGAUGCCGUGCAAGUGUAUCGACGCGCAUCUGCGAUGCGCGCUUAUAUAGCUUCAUUCGAAA